UACAGAGGAAAUCAUCAACUGUCAAGACUAGUUACUUUAAAUUAAUCAUAAAUAUGUCUUUUGGAAGUGGAUUUGGUUCGUCAACACCUGCUGCAAAUACUACUUUUGGCUUUGGUACAGCUACACCUGGCGUAGCAACUCCCAUAAGACCAGUUCAAUUUGGUACUUCUGGCACUGGUUUUGGAUUUAGUGCACCAGCUGCUUCAAACACUCCAUCCUUGUUUGGAGUUCCAACUACUGCCACAACUCAGUCUAUAUUUGGUACUCCAUCUGUAACAACCACACAGCCACUAUUUGGAACUCCAGCAACUACCACCCAAUCGUUGUUUGGCACACCAGCAUCCACUACACAAUCAUUAUUUGGAACUCCAGCUACCCAGCAGACUACAGCAUUUGGUACUGGCACUGGGUUUAGUACGCCAGCAGCUACUGGCUUUGGAGCUACAGCUGCAACUACUACAAGUACAUUUAGCACACCAUCAAAUAAUUUUGGAUUUGGUACCAACACUGGCUUUGGUGCUAUACCUGCAUCUUCUAUGUCAACUUUUGGUUUGGGAUCAACAGCACCAGUCACUUCACUUGGUAAUUCAAGUUUUGGAUCCUUCGGUGGUUUUGGAACUUCAACAUCUACUACUUCUUCUGCUCCAUUAUUUGGAGGAUUUGGCACAACUAAUCCUCAGCAGCAGACUUCAGUUUUUGGAGGUAGCUUUAGUGCAUUUGGAGCUAAACCAGUAACAACCAAUACAACUGGUUUCGGUGGAUUCAAUACUGGGAACACUUUCGCUAACUUUGGUUCUACCUUAAGUCAGCCUCAACAACUUCAACAACAGCAAAUACAGCCAAACACAAAUACAAUUUCAGAAGCAUUAUACAAUGCUGUGUUCAACUGUCAACUGUUUAAUGAUGAAAGAGAUAACACUAUUGCUAGGUGGAAUUUGAUUCAAGCUUUAUGGGGAGUAGGGAAAGCAUAUUACUGUCCAAAUGCACCUCCAAUUGAACUGAACCAAGAAAAUCCAUUAUGUAGAUUUAAAGCUAUUGGAUAUAGCCGAAUGCCAGAUGCUGACAACAAUGAUGGUUUAGUUGCAUUGUGUUUCUCAAAGAAAGAACAAGAAUUGAAAGAUCAGAAGCAACAAUUGAUAGCAUCGAUAAAUCAAGUUUUAGGAAAUAAACCCAACCUCUCUGUAACAGUAGAUAAUAUCAAGUCUAUCGGAGAAUCUAAAGGUCAAGUAUCAAUUUAUGUUGUGGAAAAAGGAGCCACAGGAUCAUUGAGGAAAAUUCCAGCAAUUGAAUUGUUCAAUUUUUUGACCCAACCUAUACAAAAGCAACAGCUUACACAAAUGGGAGUUGAAAAUGUAUUUCCACAAAUAAAGCUAGACCCUGCUCAGUUAAAGGAAUACUUGGAAAACCCUCCAUGCUCAAUUGAUCCUCGCCUGUGGAAACAAGCUCAGCUUGAUAAUCCCGAUCCAGAACAUUAUAUACCUGUACCAAUGAUUGGUUUUCAACAGGUGAAACAUCGGUUGAAAUGCCGAGAAGAAGAAACUGCAAGACAUCGUGCUUUUCUUGAUUUAGUUACAGAGGAUAUACAACAUUUACAGAGGCAACAGACAGGUACACAAGCUAGAUUGAAAGAACACAGAAGAACUUUACUGGAACUUCAACACAGAGUAUUGCAAGUUUUAGUAAGGCAAGAGAUAACUAGAAAAAUUGGAUUUUCCUUACAACCAGAGGAAGAAAUAUUGACAAAUAAAUUUGAAGCAAUGCACUCACAAAUUAGUGCUCCAACGCAAUUCAAAGGUAGGAUCAGUGAAAUGUUAUCUCAAUUAAGAAUGAGACGACAUGUAGACACACAAAAUCAAGAAAGAUAUACAAUGGAUCCAAUCGCUCAAGAUGACAUAAAAAUUUAUUUGAACAUGGAGCAGCAAGGAAUGACACAACUGAUUGAAACUGUAAAUGCCGAUUUAGAAAGUUUGAGAAUAAUUAAGGAAGGCAUGUCAGAUCUCGUAUCAAAUCAAAACAUCACGUGAUAAUGUAUUAAUUUUUAUUUUACGGUUAGUUUUACUAUAUUUGACGUUUAUUUCGUAAUCUACCACGAAGUUUUUUUUGUAAGAAAAACGAUAAAUUCUCAAAAAUUACCAAUUAAUUAAGUAAGACUAUUUUACUACUUGGUGUAAAAUGUCCAAGAAUAAUGUUUAUAAUAUUAAAACAUACACAUAUUCACAUUUGUUAAAAUGAAAAUAUAUUUUUA